AUGAAGAAUCCUCAUUCCAUUUGUUCUUCAACUGUGAAUACUCCAUCAGAAUCUGGUCUUGAAGAUGUGUGGAAACUUUGUGAUUUAUCUUGGUCACCACAAUGCAAAGUGGUGGUGCUAUCAGCUUUGGUUGAUCUUUUUUAUGUCAUAUGGAAUGCUAGAAACCAAGCUAGAUUUAAUAGCAAAACCAUCAACUGGAAAUCUUCCAUUUCCAUGAUUAUUUCGAGCACAGCCCUAAGCACCGAUUAUCAAAGAGGUGAUGUGGCACCCUCCUCUCCAUUCCUGAUCAAAUGUAACAUAGAUGGUGCUGCCAAGGGAAACCCUGGUUUAUCAGCUGCUGGAGGUGUCUUUAGAGACCGUGAGGGUCAGUUUAUUCUAUGUUUCUCUGAGCCACUUGGUAUUUCCACUUCUUAUAUUUCUGAAAUGCAUGGUGCAUUCAGAGCAAUUGAAAUAGCUUUUCAAAGAGGUUGGAGGAACCUAUGGAUAGAAACAGAUUCUCCUUUGGUGGUUCUUGCUUUUCAAAGAGAUGGAAAAACAUGA